UUUUUUUCUUUUUUUGAAUUUAAAAUUAGGCAGAUCUAAGACAGUUUCACACGACAAAACCAAUGUCCGUAAGCCGGCCAUAGUCGUUGGACGGGCAGUUGGACGGGGAUGAUUGCCUUCCCGCGUCCUGCCUAAAGCCCUAAAACACCACAAAGCCCUCCAUGGCUUUGACCACACCCCUACUCCCAUCCAUCUUCCAUUUCCUCCAUAGUUAAUCUUUUCACACUCACCCACAGAUCUCUGUCUCAGAUCCAUUCUCCUCAUCGCUCACUUCUUCUCCUCCCCUGCCAUCGCCAUUUCUGAUCCAUACAUGCUCAAUAUGACGAGUUACAGACACUGGACCAAUGCCGCCGGUGCCUUCUCUGUCUUAUUCGCAGUAGCCAUUGUUCUUUUGAGCUCGGUGCGGUUCGUCCGGACCCAAGACGGCGGCGAGGACUACAGUAACCCCGCGGUUCUCCAGCUCUUCACGCAGCUCCUCAACAGCCGCAUCUCCAAUCUCACCGCCACCUUCAUCGCCGGCGAGUUCAAGCACCGUUCGAACUUCUGCAUUCAGAAUCCGGAAGCAGAUUGGAACCGAGCAUUUAAUUUCUCGUCCAAUUUGGAUUUCUUGUCUUCUUGCAUUCAGAAAACCAAAGGAGAUGUCACACGGCGCUUAUGUACAGCAGCUGAAAUAAACUUUUAUUUCAGUAGCUUUUUUGAAAGGAGAUCGAGCAGCGCCAAUUAUUUAAGGCCCAACAAGAACUGUAAUUUAUCCUCAUGGGUUUCUGGUUGUGAACCAGGAUGGGCUUGCACUGUUGGCCCAAAUCAACAGGUUGACCUGAGAAAUUCACGGGACAUGCCUGUUAGAAUUCGUGACUGUCAAGCUUGCUGUGAGGGUUUCUUCUGCCCUCAUGGUAUUACAUGCAUGAUUCCUUGUCCAUUAGGUUCCUAUUGUCCUGUUGCAACACUUAACAGAACUACUGGCGUAUGUGAACCAUACAAUUACCAACUGCCUCCUGGACAGCCAAACCAUACAUGUGGUGGAGCAAAUGUUUGGGCCGAUGUAGGUAGCAGUAGCGAGGUAUUCUGCUCAGCAGGAUCAUAUUGUCCAACAACCACUCAAAAAAUUCCUUGCAGUAGUGGGCAUUACUGUAGGAUGGGAUCUACAUAUGAGAAACGGUGCUUCAAAUUGACUUCGUGUAAUCCAAGCACAGCCAAUCAAAAUAUGCAUGCUUAUGGGGUUAUGCUUAUAGCUGCAUUAUGUACUGUGUUACUCAUUAUUUACAAUUGUUCUGAUCAAGUACUCACCACACGGGAAAGGAGACUGGCCAAGACUAGGGAAGCAGCAGCAAGAAGUGCAAGAGAGACCGCUCGAGCACGUGAAAGGUGGAAAUCUGCAAAAGAGGCUGCUAAGAAGCAUGCAGUUGAUUUGCAAGCUCAAUUAUCACGCACAUUUUCUCGUAAAAAGACUGUUAUGCAGCCAGAGGAACUUAGGAUUUUGGGUCAAGCAAAAUCUGAAAUAGAUGAUGAGUUAUUACUAACAAUGCCUCCAAGUUCUUCAAGUGGAUUGCAGCAACCAUCUGUUGAGUUGAAAGGAAAGAAAAAGGAGCGAGGUGACCUCAUGAAAAUGAUACAUGAAAUUGAAGAUGACCAUGAUAGUUUCAAAGGUUUCAAUAUGGAAGUUGGGGACAAGAAUUUUGAAAAGAACAUGCCAAAGGGACAGCAAAUGCAUACUCAUAGCCAAAUUUUCAAGUAUGCAUAUGCGCAGCUUGAGAAAGAAAAAGCUUUGGAGCAGCAGAACAAGAACCUUACCUUCUCAGGAGUGAUUUCAAUGGCUACUAAUACUGAAAUCAGAAAGAGACCUGUGAUUGAAGUUGCUUUUAAAGAUUUAACCCUUACUUUAAAAGGGAAAAACAAAGAUCUUUUGAGGUGUGUAACUGGGAAAAUUAUGCCAGGACAUAUUACUGCUGUCAUGGGUCCCUCAGGGGCUGGGAAAACAACAUUCCUAUUGGCUCUGGCAGGGAAAGCAACUGGAUGCAAGAUGACAGGCUUAGUUCUUAUAAAUGGGAAAACUGAAUCAAUGCACUCGUACAAGAAAAUCAUUGGUUUUGUUCCACAAGAUGAUAUUGUUUAUGGAAACCUCACAGUGGAGGAGAAUCUCUGGUUCAGUGCGAGGUGCAGACUGUCCGCGGGCUUGCCAAAAGCAGAUAAGGUUCUUAUUGUUGAAAGAGUUAUUGAGUCUCUCGGGCUACAGGCAGUACGGGAUUCUGUGGUUGGAACAGUUGAGAAGCGAGGAAUUUCUGGUGGCCAGCGUAAGCGAGUAAAUGUUGGCCUGGAAAUGGUCAUGGAACCCUCACUUCUGAUCUUAGAUGAACCCACAUCUGGGCUGGACAGUUCAUCUUCUCAACUACUUCUCAGAGCACUUAGACAUGAAGCUCGUGAAGGGGUAAAUAUCUGCAUGGUGGUUCACCAACCAAGCUAUGCAUUGUUCAAGAUGUUUGAUGAUUUAUUACUUCUAGCAAAAGGCGGUCUUACUGUGUAUCAUGGACCAGUGAAGAAAGUUGAAGAAUAUUUUGCAAGCCUUGGGAUCAUUGUCCCUGAGCGAGUGAACCCUCCAGACCACUUUAUUGAUAUUCUUGAGGGUAUAGUGAAACCAAGCACAGAAGCACAUGUGAGUUGUAAAGAGCUCCCCAUCCAAUGGAUGCUUCAUAAUAGUUAUACUGUACCCCCAGACAUGCAAGAGUAUGCUGCUCGAUUUGAUGUAUCUGUAAUGGAUGCAUAUCCUGCGAGUGGAACAAACGUUGCUGCUGUGGAAACUGUGGACCGAUCUUUUGCUGGAGAAUUGUGGCAGGAUGUAAAGUGUACUGUCGAGCUACGUCGAGAUCAUAUGAGGCAUGUUUUCCUGAAAUCCAAGGACCGGUCUAAUAGGAAAACUCCCGGUGUAUUCCGGCAGUACAGAUUCUUCCUUGGGAGGGUUUGUAAGCAGCGACUGCGAGAAGCUAGAAUACAAGCAGUAGAUUAUCUGAUUCUAUUACUUGCUGGAGCUUGCUUAGGUUCACUCACUAAAGUCAGUGAUCAUACCUUUGGGGCGCCUGGGUAUACUUAUACCAUCAUUGCAGUUUCUCUUCUAUGCAAAAUUGCGGCUUUGAGAUCCUUUUCUCUGGAUAAACUACAGUAUUGGAGAGAGAGUGCUUCUGGCAUGAGCAGCCUGGCUCAUUUUCUAUCCAAGGAUACAAUUGAUCAUUUUAAUACAGUGAUCAAGCCUGUUGUUUAUCUCUCUAUGUUCUAUUUCUUCAACAACCCCAGGUCCUCCUUCAUUGAUAAUUACAUUGUCUUGGUCUGCCUUGUAUACUGUGUAACUGGUAUAGCCUAUGCAUUUGCCAUCUUUCUUGAGCCUGGUCCAGCUCAGCUGUGGUCAGUACUACUUCCUGUCAUUUUCACUCUCAUUGCAACUCAGCCAAAAGACAGCAAAUUUAUGGAGAAUCUAGCUAACUUGUGCUAUCCAAAGUGGGCUUUGGAAGCAUUUGUGAUUUCAAAUGCUGAAAGGUACUAUGGAGUGUGGCUGAUAACCCGUUGUGGUUCUAUGUUGAAAAGUGGCUACAAUCUCCAUGAUUGGAGUCUUUGCAUGUUCAUCCUCAUCCUCAACGGUAUAGUCAGUCGAAUCAUCGCUUUCUUUUGUUUGGUGAGCUUUCAAAGGAAGUGAGUUAAAACACUUCUUGUAUGUGCAAAAGCAGAAAUGUAGUUGUCGUGGGGUGCUCGUGUGCAUACCCAAACCUUCUGAGAAUUUUUGAAGAAAAUUUGACACGUAUUUUCACACAGUUUGCAACCAGUGGUUGCCAUUAAAACGCAUGUUAUGCAAAUGAGUAGUAAAUCUGGAGCUUGAUGGGCAUGGCUGGUGAACUGCUGAGGCUGUUUCUGGCAGCUGCUAAUUAAUUUUUACCCUUUUUCUAUAGAGAGAUGGGGCUGCCUGUGAAGUGUAGAGAUUGAAAAAGAUGGCCGCAAGAUGCCUGGUGAUUCUUUAAUUUUUAAGAUUUUGCAAAACAAAUACCUCCAUAAUGUAAUUAUAAUAUUUAAGAAAUCAUAAUAGUUUGCGUUUGAAGAUC